AUGCAUUGUACGGGAAGGACCACAAGUUCAAGUCAGUGUAGUAUGACUCGAGUGCUUACGGAACAUGAAAGUAAUAUUGUCAACGUCAGUUGUCCCCCAAAUAAUGAAAAAAUUUACACAUGUAAAUUAGAUUUCAGUAAAGAAAUUAGUUGUGCAUUAAUGCCAGAACGUGAAAAAUCAUGUCAAUACUAUAAAGAUUCAGAAGGCAAAGUAUUGCAUCAGUUCUGUUGCUGUUUUGGGACGAAAUGCUUGGAACCCCCAGAUCGUCUUGAAUAUCAGCAGCUUCCGUUUCAAGAGCUUAAAAUAGACAUCAACGCGGCGAUUCAGUUCAUAAUGACGUUUCUCGUUAACGUUCUCACUGCUAAACUAUUCCAGGGCGAUCUGACUGAGCUUCUAACUUCUAUUUAUUAUAUGCAUUCGGGAAUAGUUUCUUCGUUUAAAGUGCAACAUUUUCAACGGAAUUCGUUCAAAAAUAUGCAAGAAAAAAUUACAGCGUGGAAGAUACGACCAGUAGUUGAUGUUAAAAUGAUUAGCUAUUUAAUGUCAUCAAAAAGGGUCACAAAUUUGAAUACAAACUAUUUAGCAAAAAAUAGAAAGUACUUGCAAAAAGAAGCGGUAAAAAAGCACUAUGCUAGAAGUGAAAAGAUAUUACGAGAAGAAUGGUAUAAUACGAUUACACUGAUGAAACUUAGAGAUUCACAUUGGCGAACGCGAGAACGAUUACAAACUGGCAAACAGCUGCGUAGAACUUUGAAAGAAGUAUUUGAAUUAAAACGUAGUUAAGU